AGACGAUUUCAGCCAACGUGUGAUUUUUUCCUCUUUUGUCACACUUCUCCGUUUUAAAAAGUUUUCAAAUGUUUUUCAGCAAUGACACGGCGUUUAAAAUGAGCGGAAACCAAACAGCGUGUUUGCGGUUUAUAACACACGUGUAAUUCCGAGACUUGUUUUGUUCUUAAAUCGUUAGACGAGACAGCUCGUGUUGUGCGCUUAUUUAUCGCACCGUUAUGAGUGACGUGUAACUACAACCAGUAGACACAAAACGAUAGAAAUAAACAAUGAUUUGGGCGAACUGUCACGUUUUAUGAGAUUAUUUGUUUAGUCUUGCAUCGGCCUUGAAAGACAUCAUCCCGACGACUGAAGUCAUGCUAUUUAAAGUUGUUGGUUAUUCAUGAUGAAGAGAAACAAAAUGACUAUUGGAAUUCGAACUGGUUAUAGGGGAUUUUAACGCGUAGAUGACGCCGUCCUACACAACACAGGUGGUGUAGGUGAAUUAUAUAUGAAGAUAUUACAAUCUGCCUCUGUGUGACACUGAAAGGCACAAAGAUGAUGUACUCUUCACGGAGAAAACCAGUACUGUAUUUUAAAGAGGAUCGAAGUUUUCUAUCGAGGAAAUGCACCAUCUGGAAACUCUUUGGGCUCUGCAUACUGUUUGUUUUGGUGUCUCUUCUAUGGGUGCAGCUGACUUGUUCGGGAGACAUCAACGAGGUUUCUGGGUACAGCCACGUACCUCACCAGCCCUGUCCUGUAGAGAGACAAGCCUCUUCUGUUGAUGACCCCUCCUGGGGCCCGCACAAAAUGGCCCUCAUCGUUCCAUUCCGAGAACGCUUCGAAGAGAUACUUAUAUUUGUCCCAUACAUGCACGCUUUCCUCAAUAAAAAGAAAAUACGGCACAGGAUAUUUAUUAUAAACCAAGUGGAUCACUUUCGAUUUAAUCGAGCUUCACUUAUUAAUGUUGGCCACAUGGAGAGUGGCAACGACACAGACUACAUUGCGAUGCAUGAUGUGGAUUUGUUGCCUCAAAAUGAGGAUCUAGAUUAUGGAUUUCCAGAGGAGGGACCUUUUCAUGUGGCUUCACCUGAGCUUCAUCCUUUAUAUCAUUAUAAGACUUAUGUGGGUGGGAUCUUGCUGCUCACCAAGAAACAUUAUCAGAUGUGCAAUGGAAUGUCAAAUCGCUUCUGGGGAUGGGGAAGAGAAGAUGACGAAUUCUUCAGAAGACUAAAAACAGCUGACCUUCAGCUUUUUAGGCCAAAGGGUAUUACAACAGGAACUAAAACAUUCCAGCACAUCCAUGAUCCGGCCUGGAGGAAGAGAGAUCAGAAAAGAAUCGCUGCGCAAAAGCAGGAGCAGUUCAAGAUUGACCCAGAAGGGGGCCUUUCUAACCUCCGCUACAAGGUGGAGUCCAGACAGGAACUGACUAUUAGUGGAGCUCCCUGUACUGUCAUCAGCACCUCUCUCCAGUGUGAUCUUGACCAGACUCCAUGGUGCCAGUUCAGUUGAUAUGCUUAAGCCGAACCUGUACAGCUACAAAGGGUGCCAAGUAUUUGUCUAUGGUGACAGCAAUCCAUUUAUUGACAGUGCCAUUCACACUUGACAAAUCUUCUUGAUCAUCUAACCAAAAGGACUUGAAUUGUUGACUCUUUGGGGAAAUGAGCUUUUAUUUUUAUAGAACAGUGUUAUUUACUUCAUUCACAAUGACGUGCUGGCAGCGCAACUCUUCUCAUUUUUUUAACUGAACUUUUGACCCAUGUCAGAUGCACUUAAUUUGCAUCUGCAACAUUGCAGCUAUGGGCAUCCAAAGGUCCGAAUUUCAAUGGUGAGUUUUAUAAUAUUUUAGUUGUAAUGUUUGGGCUGUUUUGGACUGUUUCCUCAGUGCAAUUGUGAGUGUUUGCUCAGACUUAACAGCAGAAAUCUUUUUUGUUUGUUGCUUAAAUCAAGAAUCUUUAGCAUUAUUGCUAGGAUAUGUGUCUUCAAAAAUACUAUAUUAUAUGACAAAUGGGUUUAAGGGUACUUUGUAUUUGCACAUUGUUCAGUAUUUAUAUCUAAAACAAUUUACUCGUUUUUUUUUCUUAUUGUUGUAAUUCAGAAUGCAUGGAAUGCGGUUACAUCUUACAUUGACAGGACUGUAAGGACCUUUUUAACUGGAAGCAUGAAGCUGUGUCCAAAGUACUAAACAUUUUAGUGAAACUGUAAUAAAAUUCGGACACCAAUGCCUGAACAAACUGCA